AUGGGGAAAACUCAAACUGCCACCGAGAACGUGUACGAUGGGACUACCGAUUAUAAACCCAUUCGCUCAAAGUCCUACAAUCUUGACAAGGUUCAUAUUUCGGACAAGCCAAUGACAUGGAGUAAUUGGUACCAGCACGUCAACUGGAUCAAUAGCACCUUUGUGGUCAUCAUCCCCUUUUUUGGCUUCAUUGCCUCUUACUGGGUUCCUCUUCGACUCAACACAGCUAUCUUUGCUUUCAUAUUUUACGUAAACAGCGGGCUGGGCAUUACUGCAGGUUACCAUCGCCUCUGGGCUCACCGCGCUUACCAAGCUUGCCUUCCCCUACGAUUAUACCUCGCUCUCUGCGGUGCCUCUGCCAUCCAGGGUUCCAUUAGAUGGUGGUCCAAGGGCCACCGUGCCCACCAUCGCUAUACCGACACCAAUAGAGAUCCGUAUGAUGCCCUUCGCGGCUUCAUGCAUUCUCACAUGGGCUGGAUGGUCUGGAAACAGAACCCUAAGCGCUUGGGCCGUACCGACAUUACGGAUCUGAACGAGGAUCCCCUUGUCAUCUGGCAGCAUACACACUAUCUUAAGAUUGUAGUCUUCAUGGCAUACAUCUUUCCAACCCUCGUCUGCGGGCUAGGCUGGGGCGACUACCUCGGCGGCUUCAUCUACGCGGGCCUGCUCAAGGUCUUUUGGAUCCAACAGGCUACCUUCUGCGUCAACUCUCUUGCACACAUGAUUGGUGACCAGCCCUACGAUGAUCGUCGAACUCCAAGAGAUCACUUUCUUACCGCUAUCGUGACGCUUGGCGAGGGCUACCACAACUUCCACCACGAGUUUCCCUCAGACUACCGUAAUGCCAUUCUCUGGUGGCAGUUUGACCCAACCAAGUGGUCUAUCUGGACGUGGAAACAACUUGGCCUCGCGUAUAAUCUGCAGCACUUCCCCCAGAACGAGAUCGAGAAGGGCGUCCUCCAGCAGAAGCAGAAGAAGCUUGAUCGCCAACGCGCCAGCCUUGACUGGGGCACGCCGCUAGAGGAUCUUCCUGUCAUGGAUUGGGAAGUAUACGUCGAACAAGUCAAGGCUGGCAAGGAUCUUGUCGCGAUCGCUGGCGUUGUGCACGAUAUUACCAAAUUUAUCGCUGAGCACCCUGGUGGGAAGGCACUUAUCAAGUCUGGCCUCGGCAAAGAUGCAACAGCUAUCUUUAAUGGGGGUGUGUACAAUCACUCAAAUGCUGCACACAAUUUGCUCUCUACCAUGCGCGUAGGUGUUCUUCGCGGCGGCGGCGAGGUCGAGGUUCUAAAGAGGAAUAUGAGUGAGAAGGAGAAGGGUGUUUAG